GGGCGAUCGAUGUCACGAGAGCAGUAGGUGAAGGUCAGAUCAGAGUAUCACCACUUGGCAAUUUCUCCCCCGGCACAAGCGCAUGGCUACCGUCGGGGGCAAUCGUGCUCUCUAUGCAGUCGUCGCGCUGCCACUUCUCGCGACCCUUCUUCACGGACCAAUGCGGCUGUCGCAUGCCUUCCCAUACCGUUCCCUACUCCAGACCUGCCAGCCCAGCGGCUCCAUCCAGGGCCGUUCCGGCAACUGCAACACGGAGAACGGCUCCGAGUGCUGCAAGAACGGGCGGCGCUACACCACAUACGGCUGCUCCCCGCCCGUCACGGGUAGCACCCGCGCCGUACUGACUCUCAACAGCUUCGCCGAGGGCGGGGACGGCGGCGGCGCGGCCGCCUGCACGGGGAAGUUCUACGACGACAGCAAGAAGGUGGUGGCGCUGUCAACUGGCUGGUACAACGGCGGUAGCCGGUGCAGAAAGCACAUCAUGAUCCACGCGGGCAACGGGAAUUCCGUGAGCGCGUUGGUCGUCGACGAGUGUGACUCCACCGUGGGCUGCGACAAGGACCACAACUUUGAGCCGCCGUGCCGCAACAACAUCGUCGACGGGUCGCCGGCGGUGUGGGACGCUCUGGGGCUCAACAAGGACGACGGCCAGGCACAGAUCACCUGGUCCGACGAGUGAGCGACUGUACCACCGCUGCACCGGCCGGGUGCGCUCGUGCAAGUGCACCGGCCGGCACGUCUCAUGUUGCCAAUAUAUAAUAAGUAGUAGGGUACAGUGGUACACCCUCUAAAUAAUCAUGCAUGAAGCAGCUGUUCAUCUUUAGACGUGUUUAACCAUUUGCAAAAUUAAAUAACUGUUGGCCCCCCAAGUUCCACUUA